AUGUACAGCAACACGGGAGGUCAGGCAUCCAAGGCCACGCCGAAGGGAGCCAUGGCCAAGUUCGCCGAGAGCGGCAAACUGACUCAGAAGAAGGACAUGGGUCAGCUGGCCAUGACGUACAAGAACGUCUACGUUGCGAGCAUCUGUGUGCACGUGAACCCGCAGCAGGCAGUGCGGGCCAUGAUCGAGGCAGACGCCUACCCGGGCCCCAGCAUCAUCUUGGCCUACUCGCCUUGCAUCAGUCAGGGUUUCCCCAUGGCGGAGUCCAUCCAGCACUGCCAGAUGGCUGAGCUGGACGAGAAGCUGCAAGAGAACGUGGUGCAGAAGAACCACUUGCUGCAAGUCUUGAACAAGGAAGACUUGGAGGGCCAGUUUAGCAAGCUGGUGGAAGGGCUGUCAGACGCCAAGAGCUCCGGCGACUCCAUCACGGUGCUCUACGGCAGCGAGACCGGAAAUUCCGAAGAGCAGGCCAAGAACCUGAAGCAGGACCUCAUCGCCCGUGGCCUCAAAGCCACUGUGAGCUCCCUGGACGACUUCGAGUUCGAGGAGUUGCCAAAUCAGAAGAUCGUCAUCUUGGUGGUGUCCACCUGCGGUCUGGGCGAGUACCCGGCCAACUGCAAGCAGACCUGGCUGAAGCUGCAGUCUCCCGACCUCCCCAUGACCUGGCUUGCUGGUGUGAAGUUCUGUGUCUUUGGCUUGGGCGACUCCACCUACAGCCAAUUCUGCGUGGCCGCCGUGGGCUUCGACACACGCCUUGCGGAGCUGGGUGCCCAGCGAAUGCUAAAGCGUGGCGUGGGCGACGACCGCGACGAAGACCGCUACUACACCGGCUGGGAAGCCUGGCUGCCGGAGCUUUGGAAGGUGCUGGGCGCGCCGGCACUGCCCCUCUCCUCGGACCCUCCGGCCCCCUGCUACCGAGUGGAUGUGUCUCCGGGCACUGUGGACAAGCCGCCCGUCAGCGACGAUGACAUCGUGCCGCCCGGUGCCACGAAGCUUGAGCUCUUGUGCAACAAAGUGCUCACGGGCGACGCCAAGUAUGACCGCGACAUCAGGCACUACGAGUUCAAGAUUGAGGGCACCUCCAUGAGCUACAAGACCGGGGAGAGCUUGGCCAUUUGGCCCCGCAAUCCUGUCCCUGCCGUGGAGGAGUUCUGCACGAUGAUGGGCUUCGAUGCUGGCCAGCAUUUGCGCGUCCUGCCUAUGGAAGGUGCAAGGAACUGGUGCCCCACCGAGCUUAGCGUGCGACAGCUCUUCACCCAUGUGCUGGACAUCUUCGGCAAGCCAAACCGAAAGUUCUUCGAGACCUUGUCCUAUUUCACCAAGGAUGAAGGAGAGAGGAAGCAGCUGCAAAGCAUCGUCGAGAACAGCGCCGAGGGCUCCGCGCUUUACAGGGACCUGGUCCAUGACUUUGCUCAUCAUGCGGACGUCUUCAAGAAGUUCUCAAGUGCCCGGCCGCCCAUCGAGCAGCUGAUCCAGAUGAUUCCAGUGCUGAAGCCCAGGAGCUACUCCAUCGCCAGCUCGCCGCUCAUGCAUCCGGACAGGAUCCAGCUCUGUGUGGUUUUGGUGGACUGGACCGUGGAGACCACCAGGGAACUUCGCUUGGGUGAGUGCACAGGCUACAUGAGGCAGCAGAAGCCCGGCGCGCAGAUCAUGUGCGCCGUCCGGCAGAGCGCCAUCGUACUCCCCACGGAGGCCACGCGGCCGGUGCUGAUGGCAGGCAUGGGAACUGGCCUGGCACCGUGGCGUGCGGUGACACAGGAGCGAAUUAUGCAACAUCGCCAGGGGACGAAGGUCGGCCCUUGCAUGCUCUUCUUCGGUGCUCGAUACGCUGUGGAGUACCUGUACAGAGAAGAGUUUGAGAGCUACGUCAAGGAAGGUGUGCUAAGCAUGCACACGGCUUUCUCGCGAGAGCAGGCUCGCAAGAUCUAUGUUCAGCACCGGAUCAUCGAGGCCGGCGAGAAGGUCGCAGACUACAUGCUGCGCCAGGAUGGCCACUUCUACGUCUGCGGCUCCGCCAGACAAGUUCCGGAGGACAUCUACACCGCCAUGAAAGAGGUUCUGAUGGCAAGUGAGCGAUGUAAUGAGGAGGAGGCGGAAGCCACCUUGUCAAACCUCAAGAUGGAGGGUUACGGGCGCAAGUGCCAGGAGAUGAAGGUGAACAUGGCGCGAAGUCACUCAGCAGCGCUCUCGAUCUUCCGGCAAAGGAGCUACUCGUCUGAGGGCUUCCUGGAUGGACAGGUCAAAUGCCGACGCCGAGAUGUGCUGAAGCUACCGGUGACGCCCUUCGGGCCGUAUGGCGGCCUCUGCUGGGACUUCCUGCGCCGGGAGCGCCAAGAAGAGACCCCCGAGCGCCUGGAACCCCUGGGAGCAGCGUCCGGUGCGGCCGACAUCGAGUAUGAGCAGUUCAUGAAAGCAAAAGAGGUGCAGAGGGCUAUGUUCCAGCAAGAGAACAAGACCAUCGUGCACCAAUGCGCGGACACAGACAUCAUCGAAGCUGCGCAGGGCUCGGUGGCGUGCAUCGACGGUAAUCAGGCAGCAGCUCACGUGGCCUACGCCCUCAGUGACUGUGCCUUCAUCUACCCGAUCACGCCGUCGUCGCCCAUGGGCGAGAUGGUCGACGAGUGGGCCGCGCAAGGCCUGCUGAACUGCUACGGGCAGAAGCUCAGCGUGACCGAGAUGCAAAGCGAGGCGGGCGCUGCCGGAGCUCUGCACGGAUCGCUGAAGGCAGGUGCCCUCAGCACCACUUUUACUGCCAGCCAGGGCUUGCUUCUGAUGAUUCCUAAUAUGUACAAGAUUGCGGGCGAGUUGCUGCCCUGUGUUAUGCACGUGGCCGCACGGGCGUUGGCGGGCCAGGCGCUGUCCAUCUUCGGGGAUCACAGCGACGUGAUGGCCUGUAGGGCCACCGGCUGGGCGAUGCUCGCCUCAGAGUCGGUGGAGAUGGCGCAGGUGAACGGCCUGGUGUCACAUUUGGUGUCCAUGGAGCGCCGAGUUCCUGUGCAGCACUUCUUCGACGGCUUCCGCACCAGCCACGAAGUGAACAAGGUGAAGCUCAUCGACUACCAGACCAUGAAGUCCUUCAUCAACUGGGAUGCCAUCAAGGAGCAUCAUGACCUGGCCCUGAACCCCAAGCACCCCCACGUGCAGGGAACGUCUCAGGGCCCAGACAUCUUCUUCCAGUGCGUGGAAGCUGGCAAUACCUUCUACGAUGGCCUGGCAGACCUCUUUGAGGAGAAGGGCAAGAUGGUGCAGGAGAAGACCGGCCUCCACUUUGCCCUUUAUGGCUAUGAGGGCCACCCCGAGGCAACGCAUGUGAUCGUGGUCAUGGGAAGCGCAGCCGUGACUUGUGGUGAGACAGCCUCAUAUCUGGCCAAGACCAAGGGCCAGCGUGUGGGUGUUCUGAAAGUUCGACUCUUCCGACCCUGGGACAGUGCCCGUUUCCUGGCCGCACUGCCGAAGAUGACCCAGCGCAUUUGCGUGCUGGACAGGACCAAGGAGCCGGGCUCCCAGGGAGAGCCGCUGCUGCUGGAAGUGGCCUCGACUCUUCAUGCCUCGGCGCAUUCAGAGAUCGUCGUGGUCGGCGGCCGUUAUGGCCUGGGCUCCAAGGAGUUCACUCCGAACCAGGUGCUCUCCAUUUUCGAAAACCUGGCUCAGGAUACCCCGAAGCCCCGCUUCACCGUGGGCAUCAACGACGACGUCACGCACCUCUCGCUUCCGGGCACCACGGAGUGCAUGUUCUACGGCCUGGGAAGCGAUGGCACCGUGGGUGCCAACAAGUCUGCCGUCAAGAUGAUCGCGUUGGGCACGGAGCUCCACACCCAGGCCUACUUCGAGUACGACGCGAAGAAAAGUGGAGGUGUCACCAUCA